AGGUUCUUUUUCAAUCCGGGGAAAACAAGUUCCAUACUUGAAGACGCAAAACCAAACAAGAAAGAGAAGGGGAAAGAAAAAGAAAGUGUUGUCCCAUUUAAAGAAUGUGUGUCAAUGAUGGAGAUGCAGUCAACUGACCCUUUUGCUGACUUCAAGAAGUCAAUGCAAGAAAUGUUGGAAGCAGAUAAAGGGUUAAAAGAGUGGGAGAAUCUUCAAGAUCUUUUGAGUUUAUAUUUAACAGUGAAUGAUAAGAUCAACCAUGGUUACAUUAUUGGAGCUUUUGUUGACUUGUUUUUGGUAAAUCUUUGUUCACCAUUGUCAUCUUCAUCAUCAACUUCAUGUUCAACAUCAUCAUCAUCAUCAUCAUCAUCAUCAGUCAUAGGUCAGGAAAAAUCUUUAUUAAUGGAAUCUGGUAGUAAUAGUUGCAGUAAUAAUAGCCACAAGAUGAUGAUGAUAUGUGGUGAGUUAACAGAAUCUGCUUUAUCAUUCACAUCAUCAUCAGCAUCUUCUUCUGGAGCUUGUUCAAGUACCUGCAGUCAUUGUUUGUCAUCAUAUGGAGACGAUGAAGAUCAUCAAAGUCACCAAAAAUUAUCAGAUUAUGAUUCUUCAUCAAAAGUAUGAUUUUUCUAUUUAUGGGAAGAUUUGUAUAUCACUAGUUUUAGUAAUGUUCUAGGGAGUGAGAUUUAUCUCUAACUUUCACCAUUCUUGUGUUUGUCUCUAGCAUAUUAUUCUCACCAACUCCUCAUAACUUUGUCAACAAGAAGGUUUAUAAACUUUCUUUAUUAUUAUUAUUA